AUGUUCGACCUUGAGCUCCUCGGCGCCAUCGACUCCGCGAUCAAGUCCCGCAACAAGGACGACGGCGCGCCCCCCACCGAGCUCCAGUGUCUCCUCGCUAAGAUAGAGGACACCGGGGAUUACUUUCCCUUUGAAAUCUCUGAAAAUAAGUGUCGUGUCAGCAUUACACUUACAAGAACUUUAAAGGGCGAGAAGAUUGAGGUUGUGGCAUCAAAGCCCUGCUUGGACGACGACGAGAACAACUCCUCAUGCACCUCACAUGAGGAUGUAGAAUUGUCUUCGGCAUCCUCGAACGAGAAUCUAGAAGAAGACGGUGGCCAGAAGAACAAAUUAAGAUCUACCAUCAACCUAGAAGUCACCAUCUCCAAGGGCGAUGGCUCAAAGCUUGCGUUCACCUGCUUCGCGUAUCCCGACAAUAUCACCAUCCAUUCCAUGUGCAUGUUGUCGCGGACAGCUAAAGAUGAUGUUCAGGCUACAUAUUACGAGUUCGAUAAGCUCGAUGAGAACCUGCAGAAGUCAUUCGUGAAGUAUCUGGACCUGCGCGGGGUCACGCCAACGACGACAAACUUGUUGUGUGGGUACAUGAGCAGCAAGGUCCAGUCCAAGGAUCUUCUGAUGCUGACCAAGCUGCAGGAUUUCGUCAAGAAAGACUGA